AUGGUCUCCGAAAGUCGCCCUGUGUGCCAUCGCUGUGCCCAGAUCAAACAGGCCUGCGAUGGCAGCGUGCCGUGUGCGCGGUGCCUGCGUCUGAGUCUCCCCUGUCGGCCGCGUGAUGCCAGCGGUGCGUUGAACCAACAAGUGGGCGACUUGCCCAAGGCGCGGAUCCGGAGAGUGCAGACGGGAUGUCUCAUGUGCAAGCGCCGCAAGAAGAAGUGCGACGAGACGAAGCCGCGAUGUGGAGACUGCAGACGCCUGUGUCUUGAAUGCGCAUGGCCUCCUGAGCGCCCCAAGGACAAACUCAUGGGCGCAGCCGCAGCCAUGGGUGCUCCAGCGCCGGUGUCAUCGACGACGGCGACGACAGCUGUAGUAGCGGUCUCGCCAGAACCUGUGGGUUCACGAGUUAUUCCCAUCCAGGAGCCCGUUGUGGUUGAUACGGUUACCGAUGUAUCAACCGAGUUAAUAAUCAGAGGCGGUAACAGCCCAGCCAUGAGCUCUUCCAGCAGCAGCAGUAGCGGCGACAGCCACUAUUCCACGGACCACCACUUCAGCAGCCUGCCGCCUAUGUCAUCAUCAGGCAAUGGAUUCGAGCUUGGACUGCCCGUCGAUAGGGCAGCCUGGGACAUGCAUGGAUCACCCCCAACCAGUUGGCAGGAUUCCAUAACGCCAAUGAGCUAUGGCAGCCCUCACUCGGAAUCUCAUGAUUCUCUGACUGUAUCGCCCGUAUCAUCCAUGUCGACUCUAUCUGUGUAUAAUCCGCAGUCGCUGCCGCAGCUGUCAUCGCCACACGAUAGAGCUUUACUCAACCAUUAUAUGACCAUUGUGUCUUCUCUGCUUUCUCGGCGCAUGUCAAAUUCGAAUCCUUACAAUGGAUAUUUACUGCCCAUUGCCCACUCCAACGACCUCGUCAUGCACUGUGUGCUGGCUCUUUCGGCCAAUCACUGGCGCAAGCUGCAGCCUCAACUGGCCGAAAGAGGCAUCUAUCACCAAAGCAAAGCAACCCAGUCUCUGGCCAGGCUCUUACCUCAUGUGGACAAAUCUAAUGCUGACAUUGCCCUUGUCAGCAGCCUGCUGCUAUGCAUGACAGAGCUGUUUGAUGGCACCAGCGAGGGGUGGCAGCUCCAUCUGAAGGGGGCCAAGAGGCUACUGACAGCCCUGAUGAACCAGCAGCAGGGAGAUCGCAUACAUGGCCACAACAAGUUUCUCGUGCGCCUUGCUCGAUUCCUCGAUUCUGCCGCUACUACAUCGACAUGCAAGCCUCCGCUCAUGGGCGAGGAUGCACGAGAAGCGGCCACGCUAGAUCGACUGACAUCUGCCCCCGACGAAGAAGAUUCUGCCAUAUAUGGUAUUCCUAAAGAGCUAUUCCACCUGGUGGAUGUAGUCAAUGCGCUUGCUGACAAGCGGAAAACUCGCGUUGACCACGCUUCAGAAGCCAUCUUUCGUAAGGAAGCCACACAAAUCGAAGAGCGCAUCAACCACUGGUCUUAUGAAUACGGUGGCCGGUCGCGCGCCGCUUGGACCAUUAACCUGGCCAAUGACGAUGUGCUACACGCAACAAUGGCUUACGAAUAUGCCAUCAGGCUUCGCCUUCACCAGAUUGUCGAAGGCUACGAGGUCAACGAUCCCAGAGUGACUACCAACGUUGAGGGAAUCCUGGAGUCGGUGCAGAAGAUUCGCUACGGCAGUGCCUUGGAACCCUGCCUCAUGUACCCCCUUGUUAUGGCCGGGGGUGCGUGCUGGACCAUGGAACAGCGUGUUGUCAUUCAAGACCGCCUCCUCGUCAUGGAGCGCACAUGUGGCUUUGGAUACAUAUACAAUGCGCGGGAGCUGGUCGAACGCGUCUGGAAGAUGAGAGACGAGACCGAUGGCACCGGGACGAUUGUCAACUGGGCACGGAUCCGAUACGAGGAGAUGCAUGGCCUGGCUGUUUUCUAG